UCCUGCAAUAAGGGACAACAACAACAACAAAAGACAGGCAUUCUGUGAAAAGAAACGUGGAUAAUUAGCACGGCUGGCUAUCUUUCCUUCUGACCUGUUCGUUUAUAACCCCCGCUUUCCUAGCUCAAGUCAUGACCCUGGAGAUCAGGAGCUGGGUUUUUGGCAUUGUUACAGUUCUGGUUAUUUUUCUUAUUUUAGUGGAUAUUUCCAAAGUUGAGGAGGAGAUUGGGAUUCCUGAAGGCAGUGACUCUGGGAAACGAGUGAUGAGCAGCUUGCAAAGCAGAUCCAGCAGAGAUGCUGCGGCUGACAGAGACUCCACUGCCAGGACUGGAGUCAGUGACAGUAACAGCAGCAUUGUGCCCGCUGCUCCAGAAUGGAGGUUCAACAAAGAUGUUUCAAUCAGCAUCAGAAAGAAUAUACUGAAGUUCCUGGAUGCUGAAAGGGACAUCUCGGUGUUGAAGGGGAAUGUACAGGCCGGUGAUAUUAUCCAUUACGAAUUUGACAGAGAGCAAACCAUGAACAUCUCUGAGAACUUGUACCGGCUCCUCCCCAGCUCGCCCCCUCUGAAGAAGCAGCACUUUAAACGCUGCGCCAUCGUGGGGAACUCAGGGAUCCUGCUCAACAGCGGCUGUGGAACAGAGAUCGACUCGCAUGAUUUUGUCAUCAGGUGCAAUCUAGCUCCGGUGGAGGAGUACUCCAGGGAUGUGGGGCUCCGGACCGGGCUGGUGACGAUGAACCCCUCAGUGGUGCAGAGAGCCUUCGAGGACCUGGUCAGCGAGGUGUGGAGAGAGAAGCUCCUGCAGCGGCUGCGAGGGCUGAGCGGGAGUGUCCUCUGGAUCCCUGCCUUCAUGUCCAAGGGAGGGGAGGAUCGGGUGGAGUGUGUCAAUGACCUGAUCCUCAAACACCACCUCGACGUGCGGACUGCCUUCCCCUCCCUGAGGCUGCUGCACGCAGUGCGAGGGUACUGGCUGACAAACAAGGUUCUGAUCAAACGCCCAACGACCGGUCUGCUGAUGUACACGCUGGCCACUCGAUUCUGUGACGAGAUCCACCUGUACGGCUUCUGGCCAUUUCCCCAAGACCAGGACGGAAACCCCGUGAAGUACCACUACUACGACAGCCUGACGUACGAAUACACCUCCCAGUCCAGUCCCCAUACCAUGCCCCUGGAGUUCAAGACCCUGAGCAGCCUCCACCAACAGGGGGCACUCAAACUCCACAUCGGGAAAUGCAGUGCAAGGCUAUGAAUAUCAGAACGAGAAGGAAGGAUGACCGGCAGUGGGAUCGGUGCUGAUUAAGGGCACAGCAUUGUGGGUUUGUACAGGAGGUUAAUCUACUGUGUAGAUGCAGUGAAGGGAGAUAUUGGUAGUUAGUGCAGUGACUGUGUUUAUCUGCAUCAGUAGAAAUGAAAGUAGAUCUGCUGGUUAAACUGCUGUGCUGCUGUUUAGAGUUAUACUGGAACCAGCUGCAGGAGGUAAUGUGCUGGGGGUGCGCUGUAAGCAUUAUUGAGAUCACAGUUCAGGAAGGAGAGGUAUGCGGGUGCAGGAGCUGAUUUGGUUGGUUCCAUUCUGUUAGAUUUAUGGGGGGGAGAUAAAUUGAUCAUACAUAGCGUGUAAUGGGUCAGCCUCCAACACCCCCCAGUUUCCAGGUGUGUGCCUGAACAUUCUGAUCUGAUUUUCACUUUAAGCAGGAGAACAUUUGUCCAGUAUAUUAUUAAAAGAGCCUUUGAUUGAUGCCGCACCACUUAGCCACCAGGUGGCGCAUUUCACCAGGAUGCAGAGGUUCAGUGCGCUUGGUGCUCGGGAGUCCCAGAUGGGUCAAGGUGUUGAGGACCAGCGUUGUCUGCUGUUUUUCAGUUUGUUAUUGUUCUCUUAUUUAAUUCAGUACUAGCUCUGUGUUGCCAGUGGGUUCACUGUAUAAAUAAAUACAGUGUAAUCAGCACAGGGCAAACAAGCACACAGGAAUCGCCUGGACUGCAGUGGCUGAAGAGGUAAGCCAAACUAAUUGGCUUGAACCGGCAUAUCAUUAUUGUUAAUGUUGUUGUUAUUAAAUUAAAAUGUUUUAAUUCUU